CUUAAUCUGACCAUGUAGACAAACUAACUCGUCCCGUCCCUCGUCCUUCAGGGACGGGACGACGGGUCAGUGGGUUUACCGGGUCAACCUUACACCCCCUAGCGGCAACCCAUGAGUCGGGUAUCUCUAAAUCAAACCCAGUGAGCAAUAUAAUGGGCUUAAACUUGAACCCGACCUAAAAUCCGUCAAAUUGGAUUUACCCAUCUUGACCGAAUUGGUUCGGCUAGAGAAAAGUAGUUAGGCCCAAUCCUUUGACGCGCUAGUCCACGGAACACGGGCCUCAAAAGCCCAAAAUAAAACUUGUAGAUCAUAAUCGUAUUGGGCUGAGUUGACGCUCAAUAUGCCAACGGACGGAGUGCUCCCCACCACGUGUACGGCCUCGAUAAACCUUCAGGCGGACGCGUCGUGCGAGGCACCAUCUUAUAGUACCAUCUCCUCACCAAAGAAAACGACAGCCCAAAACCCAAAAUUUCCACUUCGGCUUCCAUUUCCCCUAACCCGCAACACCCCCCCCCCCCCCCCCCCCCCCUGGAUCUCGCCGCAAUCACUGUCCGUACGAUCGCCGGUAAGCUUCCCCCGUCAGCUGUAGACAGGAGCUUUCUCCUUCCUUGAUCAUUGACAGUACUGUCAUAUGAUGAGUUCCAUAAUUUGAUUUCCUCUGGGUUUUUUUUUGUUUCUUUUCCUUCUCACCAUUCCUCCGAAUUGGAGAUCUCUCUUCCUAGCUCUAUUUGGUUAGGUAGGAGUUGAUUGGAUCACUAGGGUUAGGCUUGUUCUGGCCUGCAUUUUUCUCAUCACUUUCAUUGACAAGGAAAGAUGGGAACUUUUCUAACCUGCUUCUUUUGGCAUUUCAAUUAAUGGUGCUUUGUGAGUUGGGUUAAAUUGCUGAAAAUAUGAAGCGCGGUUCAGUAAAUCGGUCAUCCAAUUUGUACCUUGUUUGAAUCUACCCUAUCUUUUCGUUUCUUAUAUGCAGGUCUUAAGUGAAAAAUGGCUAAUUGUUGCUGCUUUAUUUACUGGGUUGGUUCUUUUAGGUACCCUGCCAGAGAAGGGUGGGCUGUCAGCUUGCAUGUCGUGGAAAGAUCUGCUAGCUGGAAGUAGCAAUUAGGGAGAAAUGGUAUUGUACCCGAAACUCAGGCUAAAUUGAAUCUCUAUUGACUAAUCAGAUACCCAUUGCACUAAAUGUUAAGCUAGAAUUAGCUGCUACUUGUAAACUUGAUGCCUUCUGCAUGUACUUAGCGGGAUAGAUCUUUACAAGUUGUUUUUUCUUGAGCAUGUUAAUCUAGCUUGGGUUCUGAUAUAUGUUGCUUAUGUGCCGUCAAAAUGGAUAAUCUAAUUUCUUGUUAAGGUACAUUUUCCUUUCUCCUCCGGCACUGCAUAGAAAUGACACUCAGUGAUGUUUCUUCAACCAACCUUGAGGAAUAUCGCGAUAUGGUGACAUGUAUAUAUCAAUUUAUUAACAACAGGCGUGUCUCUCUCAGCGUCAUAGAUUGAGAGGUCUAGGGUACUGGGAUGUCCUUUGUUGUGUCAUUUCGUUGCCCUUCUUUUCAUUGUGUUGUUUGAUUCCAUGCUGCAUUAGUUGGGUUUCUGAGUGCUAAUUGGUUUUACUUCAGAAUACGUUCUGUCUUAACUCUCUGUAUAUAUGUAAUGACUUACCCUGACAGUCGUUUCAGAAUCAAGGAUUUUGGAUGGGGAAAAGUGUUGGUUGUGUAAAUAGUGGAGAUGAUAACGAGGAUCCUUCUAGAAGUGAUGCUAAGCGUUCUCAUCAGUGGAUCAUGGAUGCUGCUGAGGCAGAGCUGUUUCCCAACAAGAAGCAGGCAGUAGGAAUUCCAACCCAUAAUUUGUUUACAGGACUGUUGACGUCAAAUAUUCCUCCCUGGGGCAAUCCUUCUAGUUUCCAGUCAAUCACUGGCCAGUUCACUGACCGGUUGUUUGAUCCUGAGCCCCCUAGGACAUCCAAUUUCGAUGAGAGAAACAUUGCAUCCGUUAGCUCAGAGAAAUUUGACGGGGAUAAGAGGAAGAUAGAAGAUGAUCCCUUCGGAAACACUUCUUCAUUUGGUUUGUCCAUGUCUCAUACACUAGAAGAUCAGCGUUCUGGCAUAAACUAUAGUGGGAUCAGAAAAGUGAAAGUCAGUCAGGUCAAAGAGUCUGAGGGUCUCAUGCCUGUGUCCCUUGACAAUGCUUAUAGUAGGGUAGACUGUAGCAAUUUAGGAACUGGUGAUGCAUAUGAGAAAAGAGAUGACGCUUCAAUGUCCAUGUGUCUUGCUUACCCAAAAGCAGAUGGAAGCAUAAUGUCGGUUGGUGAAUCCUUUGGCCAGGACCAUAGUGGUGCCUUCAUAUCAAUGGGACAUGCCUACAGUAAAGGGGAAGACAACAACUUGUCAGUCAAUCAAUCAUACAAAGAGACCAAUGAAUCUCUUGUAAUGGGUCAUGGGUUUCCCAAGGCUGAGAACAAUAAUCUUGUUACAAUGCCACCACAAGCCUACACUAAGGUAGAGGAGAACAACAUUGCGAUUGCAGGGAACAUGUACAGCGGUGGAGGAAACGAGAGUAAUAUCUCCUCAAUGGGUCAGUGGUACAACAGCGGUGACAUGAGCUGUUUGUCGAUGGGUCAGUCUUAUAGCAAGGGAGAGAGCACCAUAAUAUCAUUUGGUGGUUAUGAUGAGGAUGAUACAAACACUUCUGGACGUCUACUAUCCAGUUAUGAACUGUUGAGUCAAACUUCAAUCCAAGGAUUGGAUGCAGCAAGUGGAAAAGAGUUGGGUAAAUCAAGCUUUGGUGCCCUUGUGUCUUCAGCUCGGGGAGCAACUGCCUCUGGAACUGGAAGCGAUUCUAAGAAGAAAGAUGAUGCAAAAGCAUCAAAGAAAGCUCCUCCUAACAACUUUCCUUCGAAUGUCAGAAGUUUGCUUUCUACUGGAAUACUUGAUGGAUGUCCUGUGAAGUAUGUUGCUUGGUCACGAGAGAAGGAGCUCCGUGGAAUCAUAAGUGGUACAGGCUACCUAUGUAGUUGUCAGUCAUGCAAUCUUUCCAAGGUGAUCAAUGCAUUUGAAUUUGAGAGGCAUGCUAAUUGCAAAACAAAGCACCCAAAUAAUCACAUCUAUUUUGACAACGGUAAGACAAUCUAUGGGGUUGUCCAGGAGCUAAGGAGCACACCACAGCACAUGCUGUUUGAUGUUAUCCAGACAAUCACUGGUUGUGCUAUCAAUCAGAAGUCAUUUCGUCUUUGGAAAGAAUCGUUUCUGGCUGCAACUCGUGAGCUUCAACGUAUAUAUGGGAAGGAUGAAAUGAAACCCCAUGUGAUACAGCAAUAGAUGUGAUUUAAAGUUGAAUUAGCAGCUUGUUUUUUGUGCAUAAAAGGUGGUCUCUCUUCUUAUGGCAAAUGUUUUCUCUCGCUUCCCACCUACUGAAGGCUGGCCGGCGGCCAGUGGAUGUUUUGAAAUAUGUGGGAUUAGUUAUGGUGGUGGGACUAAGCUGGGUGAAGCUGGUGGUGGGUCACAGGACCUUUCCUAACCUGCGGGUUUUGAUAUGUAUGACAGUGGGGGUAUAUGCCCCAUUUUCUCUUAAAAGGGUAAAAUGGAAUUUGAACAUGUGGUGGUAUUUUGCUUUGGGGUGGAAGUUUGUGCAAUAUUUUUGUAGUUAUAUCGCCAUUCUUCCCAUGAUGUUUGAGUCUGUAUUAUAUCACUACUAUUGCAGGAUGCUUCUUUGUAUUGUAUCAGUUAAUGGAAAAUGAUGUCCAGUAUAUAUGUCUGGAUUGAUUCAGUCUGCCGGGCAAAUGGGACUCCAAUCUCGGUAGGUAAACUGGCCUACCAAAAGUAUAGCGACACUUCUGGCUCAGAAUAUCACAAAAGAGGACCACCUUGUCUGGUGACCAAAGUGGUGGGGGCUUUGCUCUAUUAUACAAGGCAUGGUGCUUUCUCCAGCAUAUUAAAACACAUAAGGGCCAUAUGGAGGUGUAUAGGUGUCAAAAUAGAAUCCGCUCCAAGUAGUCUGUCCAUCCAUUCGACUCGCAAAUUGAGUUGGUUAAAAGUCAAUGACUCGAAGGUUGUUUAAUUUGCAAUCCAAUUGACUUGCAAUUUGGUUUACCCACAACCGGAUUAAUCUGAACUUGAUUGGCCCGUAACUUGAUUCGGGAUGUUCUCUUAGCCUAUUUUACGCUAGGUUGCACUUGUUUGUGUAUAUUCCAGAUUCUAGCAGGUAAAUAUGGGGAAUGGGCGGGUGUUGGAGCGAAAACGGGACAAAAGAGCAUAAGAUAUGGUGAAUGUCUUGACCAGGAGUCCAGGUUCACGACCUAGUCGUGACAUUCGCUGAAGUGAGUGUGACAAUGUACAGAUUGGCAGGGAUCUCCAGAUUGUGCACGAUGCACGACCAAUCUGACGAUUUGGUCGUGAGACGCAAUGAAGAGGUCGUGAGUCAAAGCAAAAACGGUGGCGUCUUGGUUAGAGUCACGACCAGGCGUUAAUUCGGAUGGUCGUGACUCUGGUCAUGACUUUGUGAUGCGAGCUAUUUCAUGGAUUUUAAGCCAUUUGAGCAAGGGGAGCUGGGUUUUAGAGAGAAGUUAGAGUUUUUCUUACAUUCUAGAGAGAGUGACGAACAUAAAGAGUUUCGAGGAGAUUUGGAGCUUCCCAUCAACAUUGGAGGCUUGAUUUCGCCACCAAAGAGUACCAAAUACAAUCAGCAAGAUCUUCUUCCUAUGAUAUUUGUCUUCUCCAUUUUGGUUUUUUUUCUCACUCUAGCUAUGGAUUAGUUCUCCAUUUCACUUGGGUGUUGUACCCUAGUUAGUAUGUUGUAAUUGAUUAUUUGUGAACUCUAUCCUUCAUUUGCAUCUUGAUCAUAUAUUGAGUUGAGUAUUAUUCAUGAAAAUUGAUGGUUCUUGAUCACUUCCCUCAGUUUGGGGCUAAUUAACCUAGGUGAGAGAAUAUCUACCUAGAAUUGAUUUAGAGCAUUGACGAUUCAACACGUGGGUCUAUGAACGAGUGUGAUUAGAUUCUUUGUGUCAUAUCAGGUUUUACACAAUUCUGAGAAUUGUUGUGGUUGCCUCAAUUACCUAGAUUAGUUGUAGGUAAGCCUCUCUGGGUAGUGUAAUUGAGCAGAAUUGGAUAACCCGAAUAGCGAGUCAUAUCUAUAUUAGAGCUCCCCAUGGUAUAUGCUAGUGUGAAUCAAUUAGGGUGUCACAA